CCACGGCCACGAGUCGCACUCCAUCGGCAGCAGUGGACAAGAUGCAGUACAUUUUCCUGGUGAUUAUAGUGGCAGUGCUACAUGGAGAAUCGAAUGCUGCCCGCAUUCUGGGUCUGUUCAAUUAUCCAGGAAAGAGCCACUUUAUAAUGUUCGAGGAGGUGAUGAAGGCGCUCGCUGCCAAAGGCCACGAGGUGUUUGUCUACAGCCACUUCCCUCAAGCUAAGCCUGUACCAAACUACACUGACAUAAGCCUGGUCGGUUCUCUGCCUUCCGUCGUGAAUGGAAUUCCCAUGGACGAUACGUUUGGUAGAGAUGAUCCUUUGGUAACAUUGAAACUACUCGCAAGCCUCACAGUGCAUGCGUGUGAUACGCUGCUGCAGUUCCCCCCAAUGCAACAGCUAAUGAAGUCAAAUGAAAAAUACGAUUUAAUCUUCACUGAGCCAUUCACGACUGACUGUAUGCUGCCCUUCGUCUACAAAUUUCAGACACCCAACAUUGGACUAAUUUCUUCUGUCUUUAUGCCGUGGAAUCCGGAUCGUUUUGGUUUACCUGAAAAUCCGUCGUAUUUGCCACACAUGUUUCUACUGCUCAGUGACCACAUGAGCUUCUUUGAGCGUCUGAGAAACGCAUGGUAUGUGACGUAUAGCAAGUUAUUUUUUUACGAGUACAUGGACAAACCUGCAAAUAAGAUAGUCAGGAAGUACUUUGGCGACAGCCUCCCUCCUUUACAAGAAAUAGCAAAAAGUACUAGUAUGCUUUUCGUCAAUUCACACCCAUCUUUGAAUCCUCCGCGACCAAUUGUUCCAGCUGUUGUGGAGGUCGGCGGUAUACACAUCAAACAUGCGCAGGAACUACCAAAGGACGUCCAGGAGUUCAUGAACGGAGCGGAACAUGGAGUAAUUCUAUUCACAUUGGGUUCGACAAUAUUAGCAAAGGAUUUGCCAGUAGAGAAACGGAAGGCCAUAGUGGAAGCGUUCGCAGAACUACCUCAAAGAGUAGUGUGGAAGUGGGAGGACGAUGAGUUGCCAGGAAAACCACCCAACGUGAUGGUGCGCAAGUGGCUGCCUCAGUAUGACAUAUUAAGUCAUCCCAAAAUGCGACUGUACAUUUCUCACGGAGGUCUGAUGGGAACAAUAGAAGCCAUUUACAAUGGCCUACCUAUGAUAGGGAUUCCGCUGUGGGGCGAUCAGCCUUCUAACGUGAUGAUGUGUGUGAGGAGGGGCGUCGGCCGUCUGCUCCGCUUUCAUGAGAUAUCUAAACAGUCGCUGUUGCAGAACAUACGCGAGGUGAUCAACGACCCACGGUACAAGCAGAGGGCUGUGGAGCUGUCAGAGGUGUACAAGGACAGGCCCAUGAGUCCCCGGGAAGCUGUCGUGUACUGGUCAGAGUACGUCAUCCGGCACAAGGGAGCCAGGCACCUGCGCACAGCUGCCGUCGAUCUGCAGUGGUACCAACUGCUGCUACUGGAUGUUCUGGCCGUCGUCUUCGUCGGUCUCACUGCGGUUGUAGGUGUGGGCGUUGGUCUUCUGAGGCUAGUCUUACGAAUAUCUGGAUUUCUGAGAAGGGCGUCAUCGGAAGAUACGUUACUGCAAAAGAAACAGCAGUAGUACCUAUCUUACUUGCGAAUACACAAUGUGCAUCUUAUAAUAUAUCGACUUCUAAACUGAAAGUAAGUUGUUGACAAAAUCACCAGCUGGGUCAUUAAAAGCUCCUGCGAUUAGUGUUUCGAGAAGUUCAGUAGAUAACAUUUGCCUCAAAUUUUUGAAAAGCCAGGAUUAGUGAAACGACUGAGGCACAUAACUGGAUAUUACUCUUAGAAUGAAAAGCUAUAACUUCAUUCAAUUGGUCUCGCCCAUUUUGGGAAAAUUGGCAUCUUUCCAAAUAACAUUAAAUAUUGAAGUGUACAGAUUCCAUGGAUGCGCCCAGUAUUAAUGUACAGAAGGACUUAGUUACAUUAAAAAGAAGUUGACAUCUCACAUUAAAACUUAUGUAUGAAUGAAAUUGUCGUUUGGGUCUGAUGCACCACUAGUUCGUCUUAUAGUCACGUAUGUCUUCCACUUGAUAGUGCAACUGUUACCAUUAUUGCCACUAUACACAUUAUAUAUGCUUCUUUCAGUGAGGUGAAGAGAACAAUAAAACGCCUUUCCUCAAGCAAAUAGCAAUGGUGAAGGCAAAACGAAUCUGAAAGCUAAAUGGAAACGUUAAGAAUGCAACAGAGGUGGAAAGUAGCUACUUUGUCAAUCACUGUGGAAUUUCCUAUGGGUUGGCUUAGAACAUCGCGAAUAACUGCAUUAUAAGGGACUUACUGGAACACAGGUGCUCUCAGCCUUCUAAUAUUUCUCAACUGUGGCUGUUAGAAAGGUGAGAUCUUUUCAUGUGGUUAUUUUACACUCCUGUGAUCAUGUACAGAGUGUAAGUUUAAAGAGGAAGCGUUUUAUCCAGCUAUCUCCUGGUAUUCAAAGACUGUAUGCUUCGUGUUUCCUGUUCUGGAAACCACUCUCUCUCUGGUGUCAUCAACUGCACUCCCAUUGUAAAAACGUUGUAACGAGUUGUCAAAGUAGAGUAACAAAUUUUGUGAGUACUAAAGAUGUAGUUAUAUGUAGCCUAUGGUCAGAGCUCACUACUCAACUCCGGUCUUUACAUUUCUGUUAAUUAAAAUUUAAUUUAUAACUGU